AAGGGGUGAUGACUGAUGAGCUGCAGCUAAGCUAGUGGCCCGUUGCCAUUGAAGUUUGAAGAGAAGAGGCUUACGUUUUUGUAGAAUUUCUGUAUCACUGACCUCUCAAUUAAAAACUAUAGUAUCUUCGCGCCAAGUGAGUAUUGGGUGCCGUGCCGUGACAUAUAAUUACAAGUGGACAAUCUGAAUCCUGAAAGAUGUCAAUAUCAGUGAUAUCAGAGGACGACCUGAAGAGAAAAUCAGUUCUGAGUGAAUAUGGCUGCACUUACAGUGACGCUUUCAAUGAACAAUAUGAAGAACUCCAGAAGAAUCUGGUGUUCACACCAAGCACUGAACAAUUGUGGUUUGAAUGCGAAACUUGCAAGCGUAAGUGUGCCACUCAGGAACGCUUGGAGCGUCACAUGAAGCAGAAGCAUUCUAGUCCAGUAAAUGAAAAGAAAGUUGUAGUUGCGGAGCACCCCAGUCCGCCAGCUUCAUCCCCCAGUGAGCCUUUCAAGUGCACCGUGUGUAAAUUUGCUUGCUUAACUAAUGCCGAUUUAAUGCGUCACGCUAAAAAACAUUGGGGCGUAAAGCCUUACGUUUGUAAGAUUUGUGGCAAGAGGUUUUCUCAGAAAGGAAACCUUAAGCCUCACAUGUUGAGACAUUCUGGUGUUAGUCCAUUCUCUUGUGACUUCUGUCCCAAAACUUUCAAUCACAGAACUAGCCGGAAAAAACAUAUGGAAGAACACACCAAUCCAAAAGAGUUUGCCUGUAGAUUUUGCAAUUCUGCAUCGUUCAAUAGCAUCAAUGAACGGAACUCUCACGAGCUCACUAAACAUUCGCAAGACGACGUUGAUUGUAUCAUUUGCGGUGUCAUUUUGAACUCGGCAUUGGGUCUCAAAAUGCAUAUUAGCCAAAUGCAUCCUGAGUUCCCGGGUGCUAAUCAGCUCGCUUCAGAGAAGAAAUGGGCUUGUCAAUACUGCAAUAAAAAGUUCUCAACGAAGGCUUACCUCAUUGUUCAUCACAAAAUACAUCGUGGAGAGAAACCAUUCAAGUGUGACAAAUGUUCUUACACAGCCGUGAGCAAGGACUCCAUCAAGAAGCAUGACGAGCGAGCGCAUGGUACGAUGAGACCUCUUUCAUGCAAUUUGUGUAGCAAAACUUUCAUGUAUUACUCUCACAAGAAGGCGCACAUGUUACGUCAUUAUAACCUCAAACCUUUCAAUUGUGAGCUAUGCACGCGGUCGUUUAUGUUAAAGCGUCAUCUGAUAGAUCAUAUGCGCCUGCACGAAGGCAAGCAGAACUUCAGAUGUGAUCUGUGCAACGUAGCGUACGUCUUGCCUGACAGCUUACGUAAACACAAAGACAUGCACUUGAACGUUCCUUUGAAGUGUCACAUUUGUGAGACAGACUUCUGGAUUACGGGACGCUAUAACAGGCACAUGCAGAAGCACAGGAGAGAGUUUCAUGGCAAUGCUCGCAGUGGAAACAAGCCUUACAAAUGUCAAUCGUGUUCUAAAGGUUUUAAGCAGCGGCGUUUUUUAGUCCGUCACAUCGCUGAUGGAUGCCAACGAAAAGGCAAUUCGCGGCUGCUGAAAUGCACCGAGUGUGACUUUAAAUUUUUUGACCAGAAGGCCCUUAAAAUACAUAUGAAAAUUUUCCAUAAUUUGAAGGAACAUUCCUGCUAUAUCUGCGCUGAGGCAUUCAAGCGCAUUAGUCAGCUCAACCAACAUUUGAUUGAAAAACACAACGAGCAUACUAACGAGUCGGUAAAAAAAGAAAUACCGUAUUCAUCUUCUGCCGAAGACUGCGUCGGUAAAGGUAUCGUCCUGUUACCCAAUGAAUCCGAUGAAGAAGCUAAUAAAAUUUUAUAUAUUGAUGAAACGCCCAUCAAAGACUCAAUCAAGCUGGAGCCAAUAGAUUCUUUUGAGACGUCUUUCGAUUGCUUCAGUUGUGAUGACCGUUUUGACUCGCAGGACUCGUUGCAGUCACAUUGUAAGUUAGCCCACGAAUCUGACAGCCCCGCGGACAACAUGCCUAGCAUUACUUCCCUCGUCGUCAAGGAAGAGAAAAGUCCCCUAAAGUUUGAUGAUUCAGUUAAUUCUGAAAGCUUUGACCAACUGGGUUAUGAAUUUGUGCCUGUUGAGGGCGGAACAAGUGACGACGUGGACACGGAAAUCGAGACGUACGAAUGCACUGUCUGCGGCGCAUCUUUUGCUACGUACGAACUGUGUCAGCGUCAUUACGAGUCCAGACAUGAGAAGAAAAAUAAGUUCAAGCGAGGUCGUAGAAAGAAAUAAAGCGAACGACUAAGUUGCUGGAUUCGCUGCUUUCAAAUUUUAAAUUUGUAAAAAUUUAGUUUAAGAAAAACUAUUUCGCUUAUCAUUUACUAUUUAAAUUAUUACAUUUUUUUGCAUUUUUCGCCGCAUUGGAUUAGUGAACAUUAUUUUUUCAAAUUUCAGCUCUGUUCACUUCCCUAAAAUAUUGCUCAGCCAGGAAUUGAUUUCUUAUUUGAUUUUGACUAUUGUGGUGCUAUUGGUUUCCAUGCGUAUAACAAUAAACGCUGUAGGUUUCGUAUGGACAUGUUAUCAAUUACCUAUUACAUUAUAAUCUCUCAGAAUUUAUUGUAAUUACAUGAUGGUAUUCAUUUACCGUUUCAUCUUUAUUCAGUUAUAACAUAUUUAAAACACUUUUAAUUCCUUGCUACGUAGGCAUUUAUUUCCGUUAUAACCUUGUUUAAUGUAUUCAUAUUUUGUAUUUUUUGUGGUCUAGAUAUUUACGUGGCCUCUUAUCACCCCGAGCUUCUACGUAUCUUACUUUUCAUAGAGUUUUGUGUUGUCAAAUCUCGACUGCUGUUUCAAUAAGUUAUUUGGUUCGCCCGAAAUAUAAUAUUGAAAGUAUGAUAACAUAAAUUUUUUAAAUCCGUCCUGGUAACUUUGUGUAUUAUUGUUUUCGAAAAUGAUCAAUUGAGGUAGAAAAUUCCUCUGAACUAACUUAUUUUCGCUAAAAAUUAAACGAAAUAAUUCUCGUGUUAUUUAAUAUUU